AUGAAUCCACCUAUCACGAUUCGUCUUGAACGUGAAGCAACUGAUCGACCAUGGGGUUUUCGUCUUCAAGGUGGCAGUGAUUUUUCUAUACCGUUAUCGAUCCAACUGGUUAAUCCGGACACGCCUGCUCAUGCAAAUGGUUUAAGUGCUGGUGAUCAAGUUAUCUCAAUCAAUGGUCGAAAUGUAACCCAUAUUAGUCAUCAAGAAGCUAAAAUGGAAAUAACACGUUCUGGUAAUGAAUUGGAAUUAACUGUUAUCAAAGGAGCUGUUAAUCAACAAUCUAUGCCAACACCUCAACCUAUAUCUCAAUUACGAACAGGUGCUGUACAUCAAAUGCCUACACCACAAGCUGUUAAACCUAGUUUUGCAACACCAAGUCAGCCUCAAACGCAUAUUGGCAGUAGUCAUAAUCGGGCAGCAAUGCCAUUUGAUGCUCGAGUUGGAAAUGAAAUGACAUAUCAAGCAGCCAAACCAACCAAUUGGCAACCGGGAGAUUAUACAAAAGAAGAGCCUGAACAUUUACGCCCUAAACUUACUAAUUUUGAAUCUUCACCGGCUUAUAAUAAAGAUCCACUUCAACGUGAAAUUUGGAGACCAAAAGCCUAUCGUGACAAUCCUCAAGCACCAGCUCGUAAUGUUGGUACAGCUGUUUAUCAUGCUCAGUAUAAUUCUCCAAUAGGACUUUAUAGUGAUGAUAAAGUUUUAGAAGCAUUUAAAUCUCAAGCAGGCAGUUUAAUUGAUGAUAUUAAAGGAGCUAAUUCAAAUAAUAGUUCUGCUCAAUCAUCAAAUAUGUAUAAUCCUGAACAACAAAAUCAACCAUCACCAACAUAUCAAGUUUUAAUGAAUCCUCAACAACAAAAUAUUCCUUAUUCAUCUGAAUCGAAAAUUUCUCGAUCAUUUCGUGCACUUGAAGAAGAUCUUAGUUCUGUACAAGGAACAUCACGGGCACCGAAAUCUAUUUUUGAUCAACGUCGUCAACAACAACAACAACAACAACAACAACAACAACAACCUACUGGAUUUCGUAGUGUUAGACCACCUGAAGAAGUUCCACCUGAACAACAACGACGCCCUUAUCAUACUGAAUAUCAAGUUGAACAUGUUCAACAAAAAUGGAUGGAACCAAAAAAAUAA